AUGAUAAUGAAUCAAAAACCUCAAGGCCUUUGUACUGGUGUACUUGGUGUUCCAGUUCUACUACAAACUUUUGGUUCAAGCGUAGCUCAAUAUAAUAACGCAACCCCGGCCAGUUUUAAUUUUACUACUACUUACAAGCAAGUAAAUAAGCCUGUUACCAAUGAUGGCAUGUUCAGCAUCGUCAAUCAAGUUCAUGACGAUUUUGGCACAUGGUUCACACCAUACGAUCACACAACUGGUAAUGGGACUGGUGAUAUGCUCUUGGUUAAUGCUAAUUUCCUUCCUGGUGAAGUUUUCAGAACUACCGUUGAUAACUUAUCUAUUGGAUUGAUUUAUGAGUUUUCGGCUUUUCUGGGCAAUCUUAAUAAAAUCCAAUACAACAAUAUACUACCUAAUAUCACCUUUACAAUUAUGACCCCUGCAAAUGUUACGGUGGCUUCGGUCUCCACUGGCAGUAUACCUGAGACCGCUGUUUUUGCAUGGGUAAAGUACGGUAUGUCGUUCAAAGCAACUACUGCGUCAGUUACAUUGCUUAUGACGACAGUUGCUGUUGGUGGCGAUGGAGAUGAUUUCGUUGCUGAUGAUAUAACGUUGGCUCCUUGCUCAGCUCAGAUCUGUGGUAGUACAUAUUAA